AUGUCUGAUAUUCCCAUUAACUUCACCCAGUUGUCGCAGUUGACGUCGUUGGGCAUCCAGCAGCAGUCGCUCGACUUCAAAUCAACCACUUUGGAGUCGGAUCACUACAUCUGCGUGCGUGAAAGUGGGCCCCAAGGCAACACCGUGGCUAUUGUCGACUUGCACAACAACUUCGAGGUCACCAGAAAGAACAUGACCGCCGAUAAUGCCAUAAUGCAUACCAAAGAGAAUGUGAUUGCUUUGCGUGCCAAUGGAACGGCGUUGCAGGUGUUCAACUUGGGCACCAAGCAGAGAUUGAAGCUGCACACUUUAGACACUCCAGUUGUGUUGUGGAAGUGGUUGAACGACGAGGUGUUGGGUCUUGUUACCAACACCGACAUCUACACCUGGGCAAUUUUCGACGGAACUAACAACGGGCCUGUUAAGUUGACCGAUAGACACCACCUGUUGAACAACUGUCAGAUCACCAAUAUGGUCGCUGAUGCUGACCUAAAUUGGUUUGCCGUCAACGGUAUCGCUGAGGAGAACGGCAGAAUCGCUGGCCAUGUGCAAUUGUUCUCCAAGGCCCGUAAUGUUUCGCAGGCCAUCGAGGGCCAUGUGUGCAGAUUUGCCCAGGUCAAGUUGAACGGUGCUCCUCAGCCUACCAAGGUGUUCUGUAUCGGUAACAAGGCCGCUUCGGGCCAAGGAAACUUGCACAUCAUUGAAAUCGACCAUGUGGAUGGAAACCCUCCUUUCCCUAAGAAGACCGUGGACAUCUUCUUCCCUCCAGAUGCGACGAACGACUUCCCCAUUAGUUUGCAGGCAUCCAACCAGUACGGUAUCAUUUACAUCUUGACAAAGUACGGUUUUAUCCACUUGUACGAUAUCGAGACCGGUUCGAACUUGUUCGUCAACAGAAUCACCGCUGACCCUGUAUUCACCGCCGCUCCAUAUAACGACAGUACUGGUAUUAUCACUAUCAACAAGGCCGGCCAGGUUUUGGCCGUGGAAGUGGCUAAGGACAAGAUCAUUCCUUAUGUUUUGGAGAAGCUCUCGGACGUCUCUUUGGCUUUGUCUCUUGCGUCCCGUGGUGGUUUCCCAGGUGCCGAGAACUUGUUCAACCAGCAAUUCCAGAACUACUUGAACCAAGGCGACUACGCCAACGCCGCCAAGGUUGCAGCCUCCUCUGAACAGUUGAGAACUCAGGAUACCAUCAACAAGUUGAAGCAUAUCACUCCUCAGCCAGGUCAGAUAUCUCCAAUUUUGCAGUAUUUUUCCACUUUGUUGGACAGAGGCUCGUUGAACAAGUACGAAUCUAUUGAGCUUGCUAAACCUGUCUUGCAACAAGACCGUAAGCCAUUGUUUGAAAAGUGGUUGAAAGAAGACAAGUUGACUUCUUCUGAGGAGUUGGGUGACAUUGUCAAGUCCUACAACGAUACUGCUUUGGCUUUGGCUGUCUAUGUGAGAGCUAACGUGAACAUCAAGGUUGUUUCCUGUUUGGCCGAAUUGGGUCAAUUCGAUAAGAUCUUGCCUUACUGCCAAAAGGUCAACUAUCUGCCAGAUUACACGAACUUGAUCCAGAACUUGGUUCGUGUUAACCCAGACAAGGCAAGUGAGUUUGCCACUUCUCUCUUGGGCAAUGGUGAUGUUAACUUGAACAUCGAAAACAUUGCUGACUUAUUCUUCUCCCAGAACUUCAUUCAGCAAGGUACUGCAUUCUUGUUGGAUGCUUUGAAGAACGACUCGCCUUCUGAGGGUCACUUGCAAACAAAGGUUUUGGAGAUUAACUUGUUACAUGCCCCACAGGUUGCCGAUGCCAUUUUGGGCAAUCAGAUGUUCAGCCACUACGACAAGCCAAGCAUUGGUAAGUUGUGUGAGAAGUCUGGCUUGUUCCAGAGAGCUUUGGAGCACUACGAUGACUUGAAGGAUAUCAAGAGAGUCAUCGUUCACACUAAUGUUUUGCCAAACGACUGGUUGGUCUCAUACUUCGGUCAGUUGAACGUUCAGCAGUCCAUGGCUUGUUUGAACGAGUUGAUGAGUAAGGAUUUGCAGCAGAACUUACAGGUGGUUAUCCAAGUUGCCACAAAAUACUCCGACUUGCUUGGUCCUUUGAACUUGAUUAAGCUUUUUGAGCAAUACAAGUGCAACGAAGGUAAGUACUAUUACUUGUCUUCUAUCGUGAACUUGACUCAGGAACCAGAUGUUGUUUUCAAGUACAUUGAGGCUGCUGCAAAGAUGAACCAAACCAAGGAGAUCGAGAGAGUUGUCAGAGACAACAACGUCUACAACGGCGAGAAGGUGAAGAACUUCUUGAAGGAGGCUAAGUUGGAGGACCAAUUGCCUUUGAUCAUUGUCUGUGACAGAUUUAACUUCGUCCACGACUUGAUCUUGUACUUGUACAAGAACCAAUACUUCAAAUUUAUCGAAGUUUAUGUUCAGCAAGUUAACCCAGCAAACACUCCUCAGGUUGUUGCAGGUUUGUUGGAUGUGGACUGUGAUGAGAAUAUCAUCAAGAGUUUGUUGUUAUCUGUUUUGGGUAGAGUUCCUCUCAAGGAAUUGGUUAACGAAGUCGAGAAGAGAAACCGGUUGAAGAUUUUGUUGCCUUUCUUGGAGAAAACCUUAGAGGGUGGAUCCACCGACCAAGAGGUUUACAACAGUUUGGCCAAGAUCUAUAUUGACUCCAACAACAGCCCAGAGAAGUUCUUGCAGGAGAACAACGACUACGACACGUUGUCUGUCGGUCGUUACUGUGAGAAGAGAGACCCAUACUUGGCUUACAUUGCCUACUCUAAGGGUGGCAAUGACGAUGAAUUGAUCAACAUCACCAAUGAGAACAAGAUGUACAAGUACCAAGCAAGAUACUUGUUGUCUAAGUCUGACUUCGACUUGUGGGCUAAGGUUUUGGCUCCUGAUAACGAGCACAGAAGACAACUCAUUGACCAGGUGAUUUCCACUGGUAUCCCAGAAUUGAGCGACCCAGAGCCUAUCUCUGUCACUGUUAAGGCAUUCAUGGAGAAUGACUUGCCUCAAGAGUUGAUCGAGUUGUUGGAAAAGAUCAUUUUGGAACCAUCUCCUUUCAACGACAACACUUCAUUGCAGGGAUUGUUGAUUUUGACUGCCAUCAAGGCUGACCCCACUCGUGUUGCCAACUACAUUGAGAAGUUGGACAAAUUUGACCCUACUGAAAUUGCACCAUUAUGUAUCGACAACGACUUACUUGAGGAAGCUUUCGAGGUUUAUGACAAGUUUGAGUUGAGAACUGAUGCAAUGAAGGUUUUGGUUGAGGACAUUAUGUCUCUCGACAGAGGUGAACAAUACGCCGAGAAAUACGAUACUUCUGACCUCUGGUACCAAUUGGGUACUGCUCAGUUGAAUGGUUUGCGCAUUCCUGAGGCAAUUGAGUCUUACGUGAAGUCUAAGAACCCAUCCAACUAUGAACAGGUUAUUGAGAUUUCCGAGCGCGCUGGAAAGGAAGAGGAGUUAAUUCCAUUCUUGGACAUGGCGAGAGAAACUUUGAGAGAGCCUGUCAUAGAUAACGCCUUGAUCAACUGUUAUGCUUCCUUGGGCAAAUUGUCCGAGAUUGAGAAGUUCGUGGCGGGUGCUAAUGUUGCUGUCUUGGAAGAAAUUGGUGACAAAUUGUUUGAGGCAAAGAACUACAAGGCCGCAAAAAUCUUGUACUCAAACAUUUCCAAGUACUCCAAAUUGGCCACUACUUUGGUUUAUUUGGGUGACUAUCAAGGUGCUGUUGACUGUGCUAGGAAGGCUUCUAACACAAGCGUUUGGAAGCAAGUGAACAGUGCUUGUAUUGAGAACAAGGAGUUUAGAUUGGCUCAAAUUUGUGGUUUGAAUUUGAUCAUCGAUGCCGAAGAAUUGCCCGAGUUGGUCAAGACUUACGAGCACAAUGGUUACUUCAACGAGCUCAUUGCUCUUUUUGAGAGUGGUUUGGGUUUGGAGAGAGCCCACAUGGGAAUGUUCACCGAGCUUGCAGUCCUUUACUCCAAGUACAGCCCAGAGAAGGUAAUGGAACACUUGAAGUUGUUCUGGUCUAGAAUUAAUAUUCCAAAGGUGUUGACCGCUUGCGAAGCCGCUCACUUGUAUCCAGAGUUGAUUUUCUUGUACUGUCACUACGAAGAAUGGGACAAUGCUGCUUUGACCAUGAUGGACAAAUCUGAGGUUGCUUUUGACCACUCUUCCUUUAAAGAGAUCAUCGUCAAGGUUUCCAACUUGGAGAUUUACUACAAGGCUAUCAAUUUCUACCUCGCAGAGAAUCCAACUCUUUUGGUUGACUUGUUGGCAGUGUUGACCCCCAAGCUCGACUUGCCAAGAGUUGUUAGAAUGUUCAUCAAGUCUGACAACUUGCCAUUGAUCAAACCAUUCUUGAUUUCCGUCCUCGAGAAGAACAAUUCUAUCGUGAACGGUGCUUACCAUGACUUGUUGAUCGAGGAAGAGGACUAUAAGUCCUUGCGUUCCGCGAUUGACAGCGAAAGUAGCAACAGAUUCAAUUCCUUGGAUUUGGCUGAGAGAUUGGAGAAACACAAGCUUAUUUUCUUCAGACAAAUUUCUGCAACAUUGUACACCAAGAACAAGAAGUUUGGCAAGGCCAUUUCUAUCUUGAAGAGUGACAAGUUGUGGAGCGACUUGAUAAAGACAGUGUCUAUCUCUAAGUCCACCAAGCUUGCACACGAACUAUUGGACUACUUUGUCGAGACAGGAAAUCAUGAGUGCUUCGUUGCUCUCUUGUACUCCAGUUACAGUUUGAUCAAGUUUGACUACGUUCUCGAGUUGGCUUGGUUGCACAACUUGAACAAUUUCAUCAAGCCAUACGAGAUUUCCAUUGCUCACGAGAACCAGAAGAAACUAGAUGAAGUUUACGACGACUUGCAAAAAAGAAAGUCGUCUGAGGAGAACGAUGAAGAGCCAACAAUUGGCCAGCCCUUGAUGAUCACUAAUGGUCCAGGUAUCGGCCAGAACGUCACUGGAUUGGGCUACCAGCCCACUGGAGCUGGAUUUGGCAAUGCUUUCUAA